AAACUAUAAAUGACAACCGUGGGGGAGAUCGUAAAAUAUAACUUCAAAUUUAUUUUGGAAUGACAACUUUUGCACUAAAUCGCCGGUAUUUUAAUUGCACAUUUUCGCAUUACUUACUACAAAAUUUAUGCACAUCUUCGUGAAAGGAUUGAAAAUAGCUAAAGGUGCUAUAUUUAAUUUCACGGAACGAAUUACUAUAACUGUGCUGCGUACUGCCACAACAGUAACAAAACCAGCGUGUCAUCGGAAAAAAGCAGCAGCCAAAAUGAUGGCUGCUGACAUUAAAUUCAACAAUUCGUUAACACCUUGCGAUCCUUACUACAAGCCCGUUCUCAUAAUUGGUCAAUUGCGACACUUAAAUUUGCUAAAAUUUUCAAAUGUUUCGUGUAAAUUAGAUGCGCGCGUCGAUGAGAAUACUUUCAAGAAUGCCAUUUCGUGUUUACAUCCUUCGCCUACGGAUAAGUGUUCAUUGUAUUUGGAUUGUGCCACUGUAGCAGCUGUGCCGCUCAAAUGCUCACGUCAUAAUACACCGUCGCGUUCGCACGCCAUUACUCGUCUGGUUAGAACUCAUAUUAUGCAUGCCAACGAAGAGAAUGUUGUUAUUGUAUGUGAUCGUGCUGAUCUUUUUGCGAGUGCCUGCGCUGUAGCACGCGCUUUUCCAUUGUAUUCCCGAAAAACUUGUGGUGGGCAAAGUAAAUCUGAAAAUUAUUCCCAAGAUGAGGUUAUGGACAACGAUGAAAGCUAUGACAGUGUCAGGCCCAUUAUAAAUGUCGAAUUCAUUAUCAUCGAGAAGGAUGGACAAGUUUGUGAAGCGUCAUUGGAGUCAACGGAUAUUUUAUGCAUUGAAGAGGCGGCGCGCGCCAUACGUUUAGCGGCACGUAUCGUAGAUAUGCCCUGUAAUGAGAUGAACGUUAGUCAUUUUGUGAAAGAAGCUGAAAUCAUUGCGAAAGAAUUAUGUAUAAAGCCUACUGUUAUACGUGGUGAAGAGUUGCGUGAACGAGGAUUUGGUGGAAUUUAUGGUGUUGGCAAGGCAGCCGCUGUACCACCGGCAUUGGUUGUACUUUCUUAUGAGCCAAAAGGCGCUCAUGAUACUAUUGCUUUGGUGGGCAAGGGUAUUGUUUAUGAUACUGGCGGCUUAAGCAUCAAAGGCAAGACAGCUAUGCCGGGCAUGAAGCGUGAUUGUGGCGGUGCUGCGGCUAUUUUGGGUGCCUUUUAUGCGGCCAUAAAGUGUGGCUUCAAAGAAAAUUUACAUGCAGUCUUAUGUUUGGCGGAGAAUGCGGUGGGCCCGAACGCAACUCGUCCUGAUGAUGUGCACACUUUGUAUUCUGGCCGUACUGUUGAAAUUAACAACACUGAUGCUGAGGGCCGCCUCGUAUUGGCUGAUGGUGUUAGUUACGCUCACAAAGAUCUAAAAGCAAAUAUUAUUCUCGAUAUGGCUACUUUAACUGGUGCUCAGGGCAUAGCAACGGGCAAAUUGCACGGAGCCAUACUCACCAACACCGAAGAAUGGGAAACAAAAGCUUUGGAAGCUGGUCGCAGAUCUGGUGAUUUAUUAGCGCCAAUAAUUUACUUACCGGAAUUCCAUUUUUCGGAAUUUGCGUCAGCUAUAGCCGAUAUGAAGAAUUCUGUUGCGGAUCGUAACAACGCUCAACCGUCUUGUGCUGGUCUGUUUGUUGGUGCUCAUCUUGGUUUCGAUUAUCCAGGUGUUUGGAUGCAUGUAGAUAUGGCUACUCCAGUUUCGACGGGCGAACGUGCCACUGGCUAUGGCGUAGCAUUGCUACUAACGCUCUUCGGAAACUACACAAAAUGCAGUUUGCUGCAAUCGAUUGCACCCAACGAUGCGGAACCGCCAACGAAGCGCGUUUGUCGUGAUUAGGCAGCAACAACAAUGAUAUAAUCCCAGUAUGACUUAUCCCCAAAAUAUGUAAUACAUCAUCAGGCGUAGCAUGGCAGCGUAUAACGAAGAGAAGUCUGUCCAGCUUUGCUUGGGGAUGCGACAAGAGCAGUAUGAAUUAUGGGGGUGAGGGAGAACAAAAAACGCCAGUAAAGUUUCCUUCACGCUUAGCGUUAUUUCACUUUAUUUUUCGGUUUAUUAAUAUUUUGUAUUCUUUUUGUGAUUCUGUCUAACCAAUGUGUACACUUUUGUAGCGCGUUUUCAAUUUCAAUUGUAAACGAUAUUAUCCGCAAAUUCUACUUACUCUUCUUUAUUUGGUAUUAUGAAGUAAAAGGAAGAAAAUGAUAUAAAAAUAAAAUAAAAAUGAAAUAUUUAUGCUUUAUUCAA